UUCUUACGGGUUACAAGUACAAGCUUGGGAUUGAUGGCAUGAAAUAUAGAAGCAAUUCGACUUUACAAGAGAAGGGCCAGGAGGAGAAGCAGAAGACAACGGUUACCACCAGUUACGGUAAAAAUAACGAAGGGAAGAGGAUCCUGAGUUACUCGGGUCUGAAAGCUCCUAAGUUCACUAAAGAAGAUGGUACUGAAUGGCGAUGGAGCUGCUUUAGGCCAUCAGAGACUCGCAGAGUUGACUUAUCCAUUGAUCUGGAGAGACACCAUGCGCCUGCAACAUUUAUGGACAAAAUGGCCUUUUGUAUCGUCAAAGCUCUCAGAUGGCCUACUGAUAUAUUCUUUCAGAAGAGAUAUGGGUGCCGGGCUAUGAUGCUCGAAACAGUGGCGGCAGUGCCUGGAAUGGUGGGAGGCAUGCUGUUACACUUCAAGUCAUUGAGGAAAUUCGAGCACAGCGGCGGCUGGAUCAAGGCACUUUGGGAAGAAGCGGAGAACGAGAGAAUGCACCUCAUGAUUUUCGUGGAGGUCGCAAAGCCCAGAUGGUAUGAGAGGGCUCUGAUUUCGGCAGUUCAAGGCGUAUUCUUAAAUGCAUACUCUUUGGGCUAUUUGAUUUCUCCGAAAUUUGCUCACCGCAUUGUUGGGUACCUGGAAGAAGAAGCCAUUCACUCUUACACAGAAUUCCUCAGGGAAUUGGACAAAGGAAACAUUGAAAAUGUGCCGGCUCCCGCUAUAGCCAUUGAUUAUUGGCGCCUGCCUCUGGAUUCAACUCUUCGUGAUGUGGUGAUGGUGGUCAGAGCCGAUAAGGCUCAUCACCGUGAUGUCAAUCACUUUGCAUCGGAUAUAUAUUAUCAAGGGGGAGAAUUGAGCGAAUCGGCAGCGCCGAUUGGGUUAGAUGUGUGGGUGACUUGUCGAGAUAUAAUAGAGUUACUAGUAGUAGUGGUGGUGGAGACCAACCAGACCAUGCAGGAAGAAGAGGGUAAGGGUGAAGUGAAACAAGAAGAGAAUGUUAGUGCAAAUUGA